AUGAUAGAUCCGAAGUGGAUCACAUUGAUUGCGAUCGCCAAUCCAUCAAUCGCUGGAGCGGCAUCCGAGCUCGCAGCUCGACAAUCUCCCCAAUCGCCAUAUUUUGACGCAGCGGUUUACCCUCAUGCUUGGGGCUGGGCGAUUGCUGGAUUUGUGCUGGCCGUUUUGAAGGGAGCUUUCCUGGUUGGUGCCUUCGUAGUGUGGGCUUCCUACGAGCAGGGAUUCGUGAGACGAACCCCCAGAGCCAGGUAUAUCAAUGGACUUGAUUACUGGACUUCGCUAGUGUUGGACUUUUUGGGUAGCGAUGGGACGGACCAGUGUCAUGAACAAGCGGUUUGCGAGGCGAAUGCUUAUCUCAAGAGAUAUUCUUUGUUAAAAAUCAUUUCAUACAGUACCAGCGAAAAACUAGACACGGGAAUUGAUUGCGCUAAAAUGGAGGUGAAAAAUAACUGUUCAGUAACUUUAGGUGAACUCGUAUUGAGAAAACUAGGUUACCUAAGAAAUUAUGCGAAUUUCACUAACGGAAUUACAUGA